UUGAAAGGGGGCGCAGCAGUGAAGUCACAGUGAUGUCAUUGUAGGAUGUGAGUGUCGGACAAGGUGAGCUGGUUUUUUUUGUUGUUGCGGUGAGUGGUUGUGUACCCUCCACUGCCAGCGUUGCCUGAACAGAGGCGCGGAGCGGCGAAAGAUGAUCAUCGCCACCGGCACCAAAUCAAGCUCCGACGCGCUCCGUGCCUCUCCUCCUCCUCCUGCUGCUGCUGCUGCUGCUGCUGCUCACAUCUCGGGCUAUGGGGCCUUGAUCUGCCUUGAUCCCCAAAUCAGCCUUUACCGCCACCAUGCCAAAGGACAAAACAUAAGAAGAGUUGCAUUUUUAGGGCAGGUAACUUUGGAUGGCCAUUGCGCAAAGGUGCCUCUACAGCAUGUCCAGCGGGGCCAGGACGCACUGGACGCUGCCAGCAGUUCUUGUACUGUGGACUUCUCUCUGGGGGAUCGCUUCUUCUUAUCCGAUUCCAAGCAGGACUAACGCGACUUCGUUGGAAAAGAAGUGGGAGACGCUUUUCUCGCGCUCCUAUCUGGGUAUCGCCGGGGGGAAAUCGGAGCUGAACUGGGAGAGUGACUAUUUGCAGGGCAUCAAAAGAGUGCGGCGACUGUACUGCAACGUGGGAAUUGGGUUUCACCUGCAGGUGCUCCCGGACGGCAGGAUAAGCGGAACACACAACGAGAACCAAUACAGUCUCAUAGAGAUCUCCACCGUGGACCGAGGAGUCAUCAGCAUGUUCGGAGUGAGGAGUCAGCUGUUUGUCGCAAUGAACAGCAGGGGAAGGUUAUACGGAACGAGAUUCUUCGUGGACGAGUGCAAGUUCAAGGAGACUUUGCUGCCCAACAAUUACAAUGCCUACGAGUCUUUUGUUUACAAGGGCUUCUAUAUCGCCCUCAGCAAGCAUGGCCGCGUAAAGAGAGGCAACAAGGCCACCACCGCCAUGACUGUCACACAUUUCCUCCCGCGGCUAUGAGAGGAGGAACCGGCAAUAGCUCCCUAAUUUUGCACAUGUGGAUUGUUCUUCCAGGUAACACGGAAAUGCAAAGUCAUGUUACACGUGCGGACGGACUGUGAAAGAAAACACACAAAAUAUUUAUUCUGUUUAUAUAUCUGUAUAUUUGGAUAGCUAUCUUUGUAUAUGUUCAGUGCUGCUUAUUGUUUUUAUGGACGGGGGAGAGCUGAAGCCUUUGCCUGUCUCACUUUACCUUGGUGCUUGCUGUAACCGAACGGACGCGUCACUUCCUUUUUUUUUUUGAGAUGAGGGAUGAGCUGUAUCCUGUGCUUUUAAAGAGUGAAACGAAUACUUUUUAUUACCUCAAAGAACCACUUUACUAGAAUAAAGGGAUGCAUGGACUUUUUGCUGAAAUAUCUGCUAGGUUUAUAAUUAAUUCAACUUUUUUUUUUUUUUUUUUUGGGAAAGCGCUUGACGGCUCCCUGCUCCACGUCCAGCAGUGGGGGUUAAAAACUUAAAUGCACUACCUUUGCUGCACGAUUUAAAGGUGCCUUGGUGUUCCCACUUGUGGCCCCCUUAAACUUGCAUGUAAGAGACACCCGCUGGAGUCAGAAAUAGGGCUGACACUCCGCAGAGGGCCUCAGAGGACGGG